UAUUGUACGAUAGAAUACGGAAUAAAUAUUCGUGCAAAAAUCGAGCUCUCAAUUCCAUCUCACGGAACGCUUUCUGAAACUAUCAAAAUAUCGAACGAAUCCUUGACAAUUGCCUGUCAUUAAGGCGUUCGUCGUUGUUCUUUCCCUUCCUUGACGUUUCGGGGGAACCGGUUAAAAUCAUCGUGUGAUAUCUCGACGAAAGUCCCAGGGUGGAACGUAACCCGACAACCGAAGCGUCCGGCGUGCCGCGUGUCGAUUAUGCCAAACGAUGGUUUAAACCGCGAGAAUUAUCUGUAAAUCGUACGAUCCGCUUGCCAGAGGAAACGUACGGUGACGGUGUUCAAUGUCGCGAAGUCGUCGACUGUCUUAAACGAGUGGACGGUCGUGAGACAUCGCUGCCUUUCAACCGGCAGGAACAUGAAAUCGAAACCCGACCACAUCUCCGAGAACGCCGCAAAUUUGCCCACGUGUCGUAGACAUCGAAACCCGGACCGUGUCCAACCGACGCCGAGCCAUCGACAACGAUAAUGAGCCAAUCGAUUACGUCGCACCAACCGUCAGGUUUCCCACGCGAUUUCGUCGUUUCUUAAAUCGCGACAAAUUUUUCUUCCUUUCCUUCCAGCAAAAUAUUUUUAGCUCUCUUCUUAUCACAUUCCGUCGUUGAUUGCGAUCUUUAAUAUAUUUCGUCGUUUUUCCUUCGUUUUCGUUUGAUUGUGAUAACAGCUUGGUUGGAGAGAAAAGAAGGGAUUCGCGCUUGUGUAAAUGUGGAACGCUGAUAAUUAAGCGAUUCACGCGGUGAAUAUUUGAAGGGAAUAAUUCGACUCGCGAUCGAAUAAGAGAUUCUACGGUUUUGACGUGACUGAAUCGCAGUUGCAUCGCAACUACGGAUAAAUGACUGUAUUUGUGAUGUGCGUCUUCGUUUAAACGGCGGUUAAGAUACCUGAGUUACUAUAAAAUAACUUUUCUACAUCCAUCCGAUUAAGAUUCUCGGUUUUCUCUUUUCCUUCAGCGAAAAAUAAGUCGACGAAUUCGUUCUAUCAUUGUCUAUUGUUAUCGUGCCCGUAAUUGCAAGUCGCCCGAAUUAAAGAUGUUUGUUUGAAAAUUUAGAAAACGAAGAGUCAAGAGGCGCUAUAGAAAAAAGUGCGAUGUCAAGCGCAGGGACUAGGUGUAACUCCGCAGCUCAAAAAAAUAGAACUCUGACCAGUCAGUCAGGACGUAGUUCGAUUGCUGGAGAUUCCACAAGUAAUACCACGGAAGAUGCUUCCACCAGUAAUAAAUCGCUCAGUAAUUCCGCUCGACGUUCGCCAGGAAAAUCAUCAGUCAGUCCAAUUUCGCACAAGAGGCCCACAUCCAGUCUGCCGGCUGGAUCGACGCUUAGACCCGAAAAUCAAUAUGCAGUGAAAAAGAAACGUUACUUGCUACUAAAGAAGGAGUUGACUGACAAACAGAAAACCGCGCAAGAUCUGUACAACGAGAUGUCUCAGCUGCGUGAGAAACUAAUCACCAGUGGUGCCAAAGAUCCGGGCAAAGUAGAAACUCUGAAACUGGAGGUUGGAUCGAGCAAACAUUUUCCAGCAACUGAAACAAGUUGCAACGAGGCAGCAAACGUUCACGCCGAGAAACUCUCCGUCGGCAAAGAAAUGCUCGAAUCCUUGGAGGAUCGAUUACGGGAGAUCCCGAAGAAGUUGCGGAACCUUUGCCAGGAGCUGUUGGACAAACAGUCGAUUUUCGUGGCUUUCGUGACGUCGCAACUGAUCAAAGCCAGCUCAGAAGGGAACGACCCGGAUCACACGAACUCGGAAGUGACCAUGCAGCUCGAGAUUCACCAAAGAGAUUACGACGCUCUUAGGUCGCAUAUGAACGAAAUACAGGAGAUCGAGGAGAAGUCGAUCGCCGAGUUAACGAGGAACGUGCAGCAUCUAAUCGACGAGUACGAACAUUCCAGGGCGAAGAUAAAGGAGACGAACGCGGCGGAAGCGCAGAGAGAACUGCAAACGCAAUUAAAUGCUACGAUGGAGGAGCUGCAGACGGAAAAAGAGAAGAAUAACCAAAACAAAGAACGUCUUCGACAGACCGAGUCGCAAUUGCAGAAAGCACGUACGAAGAUCAGGGAGAUGGAGACGCACAUGGCAAACGAUAAGGACAAGAUUCAGCAGCUGCAGGGCAACGUGAAGACCAUAGAAGGCCAAAUGAAGCAAAAGGAUUUGGCGAUAGAGGGUAGAAUGAAAGACAUGCAGAAGACGAUGAGGAACAGCGAAGAUCUGGUCGCUAAGGUGGAGAAGCAGAGGGAUAGCUUCGAAGCACGGUUGGUGGAGCUUAAAGAGAAGAUGAAUAGCAAGGAAAACGAAGCGAUAAAUACGAUCAAGGAGCUAUCCGAAAGGCUGAAAGCGGUUACUACUGAUCUUGGGAUCGAAAAGGAGAAAAGGCAACAAGUAAAAGACGCGUUCACAGAAUUAGAGGAUCGAUACAAGAAUCUCGAGGAGAAGAGCAAACAAUUAUGCGAGCUUGCGGAGAAGAAUAAAGAGUUCGCUAUUACAGAGGGUAGUCAUACAGAGAACGAAGUACGCCUGUUCAACGAGUUGCAGGCAACCAGAAACGAAUUGGAGGCGCAGAGGCAGAUGAUGUUGCAGCUGCAGCAGGAGAAAGAGGAAAUCAUUGCAGUGAUGCAUCAAGCGGCCUGUCGCGAGGAGGAGGAAGAUUCGAGGGAGAAAUUGGCUGCGGAAUUAGUGUUCAAAUCCAACGAAGUCCAGAAGCUGACGAUGCAGUAUUCGGAACUGAAAAAGGUUGCAAAAAACGCCCAAGAAAAAAAUGGGAUCUUAGAAAGGCAGUUGAUGGAGAUUCAAACGCGGCUGCAUUCUCAGUCCAUGGAGGGUGGAAAAGCUGGGUUAAGCGCUCAUGCGAUUGAGCUUCAACAACAGGUCUCCGAUCUUCGCAACAAUUUAGCAGAAGUAAUUCAGCAAAAGGAGGAGCUAGAAACUGUAUUGACUCAGAAGCAAUUGGAGUUGGAGCAGCGUGACCGUGUGAUGCGUGAGCAGAGCAAGUUUCUUAAAGUCAGAGACGAGUUGCUUGAUAUCUUGAAAGGGAAGGCACAACAGGAGAAUGGAGAAUUAUCGACUAACGAUGAGAACAAUGAAUAUCUUGAGCAGAUUCACAAACAGGUAGCUGCCAAAACGGAGGCAAUCCAGGGAUUGUAUACGACUUUGGAAAACAAGCAGUUACAGAUUAUGCGUCUGGAGAAGAUGGUGAAGCUAAUGGAGGACCACCAAGAUCGAGCUCAAGCUCAACGUACGCGUUUAGAGAAUCGUAUUGCUCAACUAGAACUGGCUUUGCAAAGGAAUAAGGAACAGCGGUACGUUAGGGGACAGUCGUCAUCUUGCAUAGAGUUUGACAUGGAAAAUGAACGAGAUAGAUUAUCUACAGAUAAUCAGGAGAAUCUUAGCGACUCUGAUCAAAUUUUUUCACAAGAUUCGUUCAACUUGCAUUCUUUCUUGCAUCGAAAUCAACACGAUUUGGUCGAUACUAGGUCAGAAUUUUUACAUGAUGCGAGUACUUCGCAAACUGAUCAUCGACAGUUACACGAUUACCGAGACUAUAUACAGCGACAGACAUCCUCCGACGAGGAUCAACCUUACAUUUGUGAACGUUGUCGCCAAGAAACAUCCGCAGAGAACAAUCAACUUUGGUCAAACAAAAACGAUUCUACUGACAAUACUAACGAAUCUUUUCGUAACUGGUUGACGAACGUGUCUAGUCACAAAAUAACGCAAGAUUCGAUAAAUACUCGCGACUUCCAAAGUGAUCGAUAUUUUUAUGACUUACCUUCGAUGGAUAAAAAUAGAAGGUAUACUUCCGAGAUGUACAAUUUGGACGAAGAGUUUGAUAAUGUGAAUGAUAGUAGCAGGGAGUCGCAAAAUCCUUAUCAGAGAGAUUAUCAUCAAUAUCGUCAUCUUCAUCAUCGUGCUCGGUCGCCGCUGGUAAAUAAGACCGUGCCUCAUGGUGUCGCCUUGUAAACUACUGUACAUAGCU